UCCACAUGGAUGGGAUAAACACACGAACCUUGUUUGAUCUCAUCGAGCAAGGUUUACAAUUUUACCAUUGCAUUGGCGGUUUUACUGAGCAUUAUCAUCUUACUGAAAAUAAUUAAGACUGUUAUUGUGGAAGCUUGGAACGCUGUACGUGACCAUGAAGACCAUGACCCCUUGACACUCAUCCUCCGAGUUACCGCCGUGCCCGACUUUUGCCUGGGGACCGCCACUGACCUGAUGCUCGUCCCAUCUACGUCGUCUGGAGACCAACCCAUUUGUCCUUUCCAGUGCCUCCAACAUCGAGGCCUAUGGUCCUAAUGAAUCCCUACCCUGCCGAUAGGCCUAGGCCUAUCUUUCACCUUCCUCGAGUCCUUUGGUGGAAGAUGUCAACUGAUGACACUUGUUGUAAGGUAGCACCACCAUCCGCAGCCGAUCUUGAGAUGAGUGCGCCAGCAGACCAGAUACCGGGAUACUUCCACAAGACGAGACCACCACUAACCGCCACUUACGGCCACCUGAUGGUAGUUCCCCUUCCGUAUGGAUUACUCCUGAUCGUAUAGGUGGACCUCCUGUUGAGCAAAGCCAAGUUUCCGAGGGAAUUUCGACCUUUGUUGACGACAACAGUGCAAACGUUUAUAGCUCGAUAAUUGCCUCAGAACUAGUGUACAUGUUUCCGAGCUUUUGCCUGAGGAGAACCAUGGAUGCUGCAAACAAACUUAUCCUAACCAAUGGAACACCUGCUGAAAGUCAUCUUCCUCCAUGGAGUAUCGCUCCACGUCGUUGUUGCAGCUGCAGGAGGAAAACGUCAUCUUUCAAGCUCAGAGUGCCAACGGCAAGACCAGGGAUGGCUUCACUUCUAAUAAACACCACGAAGCAAUCAUUUGGUUUACUCCUUGGGACUGAACGGGGAGUCACAUUUUCCCUGCGACAUUUCGCCACGAGUUGGAUCGUUGAUGGAGAACAACUGGCAUUUCCUAUCUUGAGCCACGAGUCCAUCUUUACCAGCUUCUUUGGACUCCUCGCUCUACUUGUCCAACUCUUCCAAACCGGUCAUCAUAUCAAAUCCCGGAAGAUCCCACCAUAUCAUCACUGCCUUCAUAAACAGCGGCUCCACCUUGCUGGGUUCCCCAUACAGUUGAUGAAUAGUCCCCGGAUUGGGCUGCGGGCCGUGAUCUUGCCAAACCACGCAGUACUCCUUAGGGUGCUUCCGAUCAUCUUCUUGCCGACAGUUGAGGUCUCUGUGCAGGCUUGGAUCAUUUCCUUUCUUAGAGAUACGAUCUACCUUAAAACUCCUACCAUCAAGUCACCAGACACCACCAGCAGCCAGGUGACCCGGUUGGACAAUUCUGUCCCAGCACCACUCAGAUCCUGCUCCCUGAGAGGAAGAUUGCCGUGGAGUCAUCACAUCGGUGAUUUUCAUGUGCUAGCAGGAUUUUCGUUCCUGGUCCUCUUUAGGGAAUCACAUCAUGUCACGGCUAACUUGGCUGGGACCGGCUGCUGUCUCAUCAUCGCCUACUACAUCGGUGUCCGGAUGUUGUUCCGAACCAAUCAUUUGAGGACGCAGAUAACUUGCAAUACCGCAUUAGACACCUGUCACGCACACCUUUUGCAAAGCUCGUCUCCCAACCGCAACCAUUCCAACAAUGUUCGAGGGAAGAGAUCUUAUAGUCAGAGCUCCUCUGGGGAUUUCAGCUACGGCAACGAUGGUGCAACGGAUAUGGAAACAGAUGAAACAAACGUGGAUGAGGACAUGGAGACGGGUGAAAGUGCACACAAGGUCAUGGAAAUUGAGAGUGACGCAUCCGUUUCUAUGGAGAUAGACAAGGUGGAGGUGAACAUCUUGGAGGUUGACUAUGAUGAUUGUGAUGAUGCUGGGAUCGCCAUGGAGACUGAUGACAAGGAUGACACAGACAUGGGUGUGGAUCUCCAUGAAGAGGAAAAAAUGGAGUGGGAGGAGCUGUUAACGGUUCGUAGAGGAUUUGACUUUACGAGAUUCCAUUAUGGGUCCGACCAUGUCUUCAUCACACAGCCACUGCAUAAAACCUCAGGCUGUGCCGGUCUGAAGACUGAGACUAUGGAAUGGGAGGAGAAUGUGUCCACAGCAGGCUGGAAAUGGUUAAGAGUUUCCUUCUCUGCGAGUGAGAAUUCUGCUCCUGCAUCUACAGAAUCUCCAGUGAGGGCGUUUUUAGCGCAGCUACCACCACCGCCGCUGCUGUCGCUUCGCAGAAUCGGCACAGUGCCGCAUCAUCCGUCCCAAACUGCAACCAUUAUUUUUGAAUCUUUUACAAAUGCAGGUGAUGCCAGACAACUUGAUCAACUUUCUUUGCCAAGGGGUCCUGGUCCCGAAGGAACAAGUGCCAUCCGGGAUAACCGCUAUGCGUCAAAGGGUCCUCGCAAUCGAAGAACUCGCUCACUAAAGAGAGCAAGUUUUAAUAUCAUGGGAGCAACAACUCAGUUCAAGCCCAGACACACAGGUUUUCGUCACUCCAUCCAUAACCGUGGACAGGUUGUCCGGUGUGGCCAAAUUGUCCGUAGAGCAAUUCGGGCGAACCAGCCAGGGCAGGCCUCCAGCGGAGUGAGAUUAGCCACCAGAUUCCAAAUCAGACAAGGUCACGAGACGACCUCUCUUGUCAGAGCAUUUACUGAACUUAGACUGAAAGAGUGCGAUAUGAAGUUGUUCAAUGGGCAGUUGUCAUCAUAAACUUCAUAAGACAUUGGAUACAUGACUACGACACAAAGCGUACCAGACUGUAGCGUGAUGGGAAAGCUAGAACUGGAACUACCAGUGAAAUCAAACUUACACCAACCUGCGUCUUCCCAGCAAACCCCAAAACGUUAAUGGCGACGCGAUCAAGUAGGCACGAACUCAAAGCUAUAACAGUGAAGUAAAGAUACCUUUACACAUGCUCCUGCAGGCACACGAUAAAUAUAAAUAUACCAAACCAUCCCACCGAAAAAUAAAGAUGAGCCUGACGACAAACUUGUAGUUCCCCAGACUCUUGAAAAAACAGGUCAAAGUGAUUUCGCAGGAGAACUCAAUUCAAACCGCUAAGGAAGUCAGGAUGCCUCAGGGUGACAUCCAUGCAAUCAAAUUCAGCUCAGCCUCUGAUAAGUUUGCGCCUUGAGGAGUGCGCUGAACUGGCGAGGUUUUAGGCCCAAAGCAUCGAAUUUGAAGAUGAUGAA